UGCCACGCCCCCUCCAGCAGAGCUCGCGGAGUGCGCGUCUCGUGCGCGGUGCAGAUCAGUCGCGCGGAGCUGCACGAGGAAUAAACAGGAAUAACAGAGAGAGAGUAACGGGACGAAUGGCGCUCAUGGCCGGGAUUAUUUACGCGCUCGCCUCGCUCUUCCUGGGGAUUUGUGCAGGUCUGUCCGCUCCGAGGAAUCUUCCGGCGAAUGAAGUCACGCUGCUGGAUUCCAGAUCAGUGCAGGGAGAUCUGGCAUGGGUCGCCAGCCCGACGGAAGGAGGGUGGGAAGAGGUGAGCAUCAUGGACGAGAAGAACAGCCCCAUCAGAACAUACCAGGUGUGUAACGUGAUGGAGCCCAAUCAGAACAACUGGCUCAGGACUCACUGGAUCCGGCGCGGCGCGGCCCAGCGCAUCUACAUCGAGAUUAAAUUCACCCUGCGUGACUGUAACAGCCUGCCCGGCGUCAUCGGCACCUGCAAAGAGACGUUCAACCUCUACUACCUCGAGUCCGACUCCGAUAACGAGCGCUACACUCACGAGAGCCGCUUUACCAAGAUCGACACGGUGGCGGCGGACGAGAGCUUCACGCAGGUGGAUAUUGGUGAUCGGAUCAUGAAGCUGAACACUGAGAUUCGGGACGUCGGCGUUCUGAGCCGUGCAGGGUUUUAUCUGGCCUUCCAGGACGUAGGAGCCUGCAUCGCGCUGGUUUCCGUUCACGUGUUUUACAAGAAGUGUCCAUUAGCCGUGAGGAACCUAGCACAGUUUCCUGACACGGUAACCGGAGCGGACAUGUCGUCACUGGUGGAGGUGCGCGGCUCCUGCGUGAAUCAGUCGGAGGAGCAGGAGGUUCCCAAAAUGUACUGCGGUGCAGAUGGAGAGUGGCUGGUGCCCAUUGGGAAUUGCCUGUGCAAUCCUGGAUACGAGGAACGGAAUGAGCAAUGUCAGGUGUGUAAGGUGGGCUUCUACAGGUCUCUUUCUUCGGACGGUGGCUGUCGUAAAUGUCCACUACACAGUUACUCCAUGAAAGAAGGAGCUACUUCCUGUGAUUGUGACAAAGGAUAUUACAGAUCGGAGACGGAUCCCGCAGCCAUGCCUUGCACACGUCCUCCGUCCGCUCCUCACAAUCUGAUAUCUAAUGUCAAUGAAACGUCGGUGCUGCUGGAAUGGAGUCCGCCUCUCUCCUCCGGAGGCCGGCAGGAUCUCACCUACAACGUUGUGUGUAAGCAGUGUGUGCGAGACACGCAAAGAUGCAUGCCGUGUGGAGACGACGUGCGAUACUCUCCACAGCGGCUGAGUCUGCGCUCCACGCGGGUGUCCGUUCACCAGCUGCAGGCGCACACCAACUACACCUUCCAGAUCUGGGCCAUCAACGGGGUGUCCAAACACAACCCCAGUCUGGAGCAGGCCGUGUCCGUCACGCUCACCACCAACCAGGCCGCUCCCUCCACGGUCAUGAUGGUUCAGAGUAAGGACAUCACGCGCCACACACUCUCUCUGUUCUGGGACAAACCCGAGAAACCCAACGGAGUCAUACUGGAGUAUGAGGUCAAAUACUACGAGAAGGAUCAGAACGAGAGGAGUUAUCGCAUCGUAAAGACGACGUCUCGUAGCACUGAUAUUACAGACCUGACUCCGCUGACCUCCUACGUGUUUCACGUGCGCGCUCGCACUGCCGCAGGAUACGGAGAGUUCAGUGCCCCAUUUGAGUUCAGCACCAACACCGUCGCAGCUCCUGUUGUUGGAGGAGUCGUGAGCUCUGCUGUGCUGCUGCUGUUGGUGGCCGGAUGUGUUGUUGUUCUCCUCCUCAUCCUCAUCAUUACCUUCAUCAUCACCAAAAGGAGAAGCAAAUACAGCAAAACUAAACAGGCAGAGGAGAAAAACCUGCAGCCAGGGGUGCGGAUAUAUGUGGACCCUUUCACCUAUGAAGACCCCAACCAGGCCAUCAGGGAGUUCGCUAAGGAGAUCAAUACUUCCUGCAUCAAGAUCGAGAAGGUGAUCGGCAUCGGUGAGUUUGGCGAGGUGUGCAGCGGCCGUCUGAAGCUUCCUGGAAAGCGAGAGAUCUGUGUGGCCAUCAAGACGCUGAAGGCGGGGUUUACCGAGCAGCAGAGGCUGGACUUCCUGAGCGAGGCCAGCGUGAUUGGCCAGUUUGACCAUCCUAAUAUCAUACACCUGGAAGGGGUGGUCACCAAAUGCAAACCAGUUAUGAUUAUUACAGAGUACAUGGAGAACGGCUCACUGGACAUGUUUCUCAGAAAGAAUGACGGCCGCUUCACUGUUAUUCAGCUGGUGGGCAUCCUGAGAGGAAUCGCAUCUGGAAUGAAAUAUCUAUCUGACAUGAGUUACGUUCACAGGGAUCUGGCAGCACGCAACAUCCUAGUGAACAGCAACCUGGUGUGCAAAGUGUCUGAUUUUGGGAUGUCCAGAGUGCUUGAAGACGAGCCAGAAGGAGCGUAUACUACCAGGGGAGGGAAGAUUCCAAUCCGCUGGACGGCUCCAGAAGCCAUCACAUACAGGAAGUUCACCUCAGCCAGUGACGUGUGGAGUUACGGCAUCGUCAUGUGGGAAGUGAUGUCAUAUGGUGAACGACCAUACUGGGACAUGAGCAACCAGGAUGUGAUAAAGGCAAUAGAGGAAGGCUACCGGUUGCCGCCGCCCAUGGAGUGUCCGCUGGCUCUGCAUCAGCUCAUGCUGGAGUGCUGGAUGAGGGAACGAGCGGACAGACCCAAGUUCAGCCAGAUCGUCAACAUGCUGGACAAACUCAUACGCAAUCCUGCCACGCUCAAGAGGACGGCAGGAGACGCCAGCAGGCCCCACCCCUCCACACUUCACCACGCCCCCUCUGAAGGCUCCGCCCCCUCUUUGGGUUCUGUGGACGACUGGCUGAAAAUCAUUGGACUUGAGCAAUACAGAGAAAACUUCAGCACAGCAGGAUUCUGCAGCUUAGAGAGCGUCUUACCCAUGAGUCACGAGGAUCUGGCCAAGAUGGGAAUCUCAUGCAGCGCACAUCAGAGGAAGAUCCUGAGCAGCGUGCAGGAGUUAUUGUCUGGAAUGCAUCACAGGCAAGACACAAAGGUUCCCGUCUGAUCUGUGACGAGGAAAAAAAAAAAACAAUGCAUCAUGUUGGUUAACAUGGAUUACAAGAGGGACGGAAUAUUUCACAUCACUCUUGCACUUUAAUUAAUGUGAACGGUAUGAAGAUCAGAAUGAAUGAGCUAAACUGCACUUUUCUGGGCCGCUUUUUGCUUCUAUAAGGAAUUUUCUUCAAGUCUACGGAUUUUAAACUGGCAUUUUGCCGACAAUUAAAAUGACUUAAUGCGUCUCUCUGGAUGAGAUGUUUCUGGCCCUGUUGUUCUAGGCGGCGAGGCAGUGUUUUUUGACAGGAGAAAGUUUGAGAAGUGUCCUCCUUCUGUAAGUGGAAAGAACCGUUUCAACUAAGUGCAAACAGACUACGAUGCUUUUCACCUCAGGAUCUUUUCAGGAUGGCCGCUCAUCAUCAGCAGGAAGGAAUUGUUCCCCGCGGAUCAGAUUUGAACAUUAUAUUCAAACGGAUCUUUUGCCCCGGGAGAUGAUUUUGAGCCUUUGCGAACGAAACUAACAGACCUUUUGGAUGGUGUGUGUUUGUUUUAUGAAGGCCAGAUGGGAGUUUUAGAGGCAUUGCUGAAUGGAAAAUUAUAUUGCUUUAUUUCUUGAAAAAAAUAAAAAAUAAAUAAAAAACAAAGAAUGAGGAGAUAGAUCCAGAUCAGAUUUAGUCUCAAGUUACUCAUGUUCCUUGUAUCCAAUCUUUGCAUUUUUAAGUAGCAAAGUAAAAGUUUGAUGGUCUUUCCUACUUUCUCUUCUUUCAGUUUCAUUUAUUUCCACGUCUAAAUAAAUCCUUCGCAAUCAGCUAAAUCUGUGUAUAAUUUGAGAAAAUGUUUGAAACUGCUGAAAUGAAUCAUUGCGAGAAUUUCAUAGUCACAGAUAUAUUUUUUGAAACUUUUUUUUCACUGUACAUAAUCUAGGAUUUUGUAUGUACAUAGUUUUUAAUUGUUUUUCUCCAUGAUGUACAUAAUACCAGCAGACGUUUCUGUGCACAGCUUCUGAGGUCCCUCAUCUUCCUCCUUUUUUCUUUCUGUGUGUUAACCAAUGUAUUUAAUUAUACAGCGCGCAUAAUAUUAAUGUUGGCGGUAAACUUAAUAUUGUAAAACAGCAGUACAUUUAAGAAGGUUCGGUAACAGGUUGAGGAGUCUUUUAAUUUCACAGUUUCUGUAUUUCCACCUUUAGGUGCACCUAACUUAUGAGCUUUAUUUAUGAUCUUUUGUAUCUAGUUCAUAAAAUAAAAUUUCGAAGAAAUU